CCCUCACCCACCGCCCCGCGCAUGUCGCGAUUGUCGCCUCCCCAUCCCCGGUGCUCCCGGAUUUCUGCCGCGUUCCUGCCCGGGGUGCGGCCGUGCGGAGCCGCCGCUUCCCGGUGCUCCGGGCCAAGCCCAUCCCGCUUCCUCCCUCGGUGCCCUUUCCCCUCCCUUGGUCGCGCUGCUGCUCUAGAUGUGGCCGUGCCCCUUCCAGAUGUGGCCGUGCCCCUUCCAGAUGUGCCACACGCCCCUUCCAGAUGUGCCACACGCCCCCUCCACCGCCUUCAGUGAUGCCACAAAGGGGCAGGAGGAGAGGAAACAGCCUCGGGCUGGGGUCAUGGGCUGGAAUUUCCUCCUGGAAAAGGCAUUGGAAGGGAUGCCCAGGGUGGGUUGGAGUGGCCGCCUCUGAGGAACACCUGGAUGUUGGUCUGGGUGGGCAGGUGGGGGUCGGGCACACCUGGGUGGUGAUCUUGGAGCUUUUCCGACCUCUGGGAUUCUAAAAUUUAGGGGAAAAAAAUUUUCUCCAUCCCGUCAGAGUCGGUGAACCUCCAGAGAAUGGGGCUGAACCCCCAGGCAGGUGAGAGGGACCCCAAAAUCCCAAACCUCACCUGUGGCCAUCCCCCAGAGAAUGGAGGUGAACUGCCUCUGCACCCCCGGGCAGGUGAGAGGGAAUCCCAAAAUCCCAGAGCUCACCUGUGGCUAUCUGAAGGUGGAAUGAUGCUGCCCACAGGGAUUCAACCUGGAUUCAUCCCCCCUGUCAGGGAUCCACCCCGAAUCCAUCACCCUCAUGGGAAUCCACCCUAAAUCCAUCCCCGUGUCAAGGAUCCACCCUGAAUUCAUCCCCCUCACUGGGAUCCCUCCUAGAUCAAUCCCCCUCAUGGGAAUCCAUCCUAAAUUCAUCCCCAUGUCAGGGAUCCACCCUGAAUCACUCACCUGUCCUUGUCCCUUCCUCUCCCCCUGGCACUCACCUGUCCUCAUCCCUGUCCCCAUGGCACUCACCUGUCCCCAUGGCACUCACCUGUCCUCAUCCCUGUCCCCAUGGCGCUCACCUGUCCUUGUCCCUGUCCCCAUGGCACUCACCUGUCCCCAUGGCACUCACCUGUCCUCGUCCCUGUCCCCAUGGCCCAGCCACACCCUCUGCCAUCCCCAGGCCUGUCUGAACCCGUGUCCCUGCCGUGUCCCCGUGUCCCUGCUGUGUCACCCGUGUGUGUCCCCGUGUCCCUCUGCCCAGCCCACGGGCGUCCCCUUCCCGUAGAGGACGUGCCCGUCCCCAUCCCAAACCCCGUCCCUUUGUCUCCCUCUUUUGCAAUUUUGGGUUUUUCUGGCAGCAGUUUCUGGGAUGAGGAGCCUGGCGGGAGGUGUUUCACCACCGCUGUCAUCGUCACUUCCCAAAAUCUCCGUGACCACACGGGGUGGAGGCUCCUCACCACCCCCCUCCAGACAUUUGGGGUUCUGCAGCUCAUUCUGGGAAUACUGGGAACACUGGGAGUACUGGGAAUACUGGCAAUACCGGGAAUACUCUGGGGGCUUACCUGGGAGGGCCCCAAAUCUGGUGGAGAGCUGGGAGUGGAUCACUCAACCAAUGCCCUGGGUUGUCCUCACGCAGCAAUUCCAGCUGCUGGGAAGUGCCACCUCCCAGGACCUGCUGGAAGAGUUCCACCCAGCAGGAUUGUCCCCCUGGAUCCAGGGAAAUGUCCCUGGUAGAGUUCCACCCAGCAGGAUUGUCCCCUGGAUCCAGAGAAAUGUCCUCGUGGAGUGGCGGGAUGUGAAUUGGGAAGUGGGAAGUGAAUUUUCAAAGCCUGACAGAAUGAAAUUAAAGUUUUUCAAACGCCUCUCAGUUGCCCCAUCUGUGAGUCAGAAAAGGGCUUAAUCCAACUCCUGUCCAGCAGCCAAAUUCACCAAAAACAUCGGUGACAAACCACCUGGGUAAAACCAGCAUCAUCCCACUGGAGACCCCCACCCAGGGAAGUUCCUCCUCCAUCAAACACUUGUGGAACGUUCCAGAACACACCAUCGCUGACCCCUGUUGCAAUUUUUGGCGUUUCCUUGUUUUUGCCUGACGAGUUUGGGGCUUCCCCUCCCUGGAUAACAGUUCCUGGAUGGGGUGAGGAGCCCGAAAUCCUCACCUGGGCGUGCUCCAUGCCUUACACAACUCCUGGAGCUCCUGGCAGCUCCGGGAGGGUAUAAAAGGUGCCAUCCCCAGCUUGGCACCACCAAUCCUCCUUCUCCUCCCUCUGCAGAGCCCAGACCUCCUCCGAGGUGAGCAGAUCCUUCCUGGUGAGUCCCCGGGUUUGGGUUCCCUUCGAUGUUUUGCCGUUUUGUCCCUUUCCCGGCAGGAUGAAAACUGACCUGGAGCUGGCGCUGGAAUGCGCCGUCAACGUCUACCACCGGUACGCAGCGCGGCGCCCCGUGGACGACUACCUGAGCCUGGGGGAGUUCUCCAAGCUGCUCAAGGAGACAGCCGAGCCCUUCCUGAAGAACACGGUGCCGCCCAAAACGACCACGGACAACUACAUCAAGCAGCUCUUCACCAAAGCUGACGCCAACCACGAUGGCCGCCUCAAGUUCACCGAGUUCCUGACCACUCUGAGCCUCGUGGCCAUCGAUGCCCACAACAGGUCCCACCAGGGGCCUGGUGGUGACCAUGGGCAUGACCACGGGCAUGGCCACGACCACGGGCAUGACCAUGGGCAUGGGCACAGCCACCGUCGCUGAAAUGGAGCUGUCUGCCAUGGUGGCCAAGACACGGGACUCUGCAUCCCUCUUGUCUGGAACCAAAUCUUUGUCACCUGCUUCUGCUUGGUGGCAUUGAAAUAAAAUC